CGAGAGCUCCUGCUCGCCGGAACAAGAAGAAGAAGAAGAUUUGAUCGAGAGAUGGCCUUGAUCACGGAUGACGUCAAAGCCAAGGCUGAGAUCUAUCAUGGCGACGAGAUCUGCCAGGAGAAGUCCAAGUUCCUGCUGCAGGAGGUGGGCCUCCCCCGCGGUCUGCUCCCCCUGAGGGACAUCGUCGAGUGCGGGUACGUGGAGGAGACCGGCUUCGUGUGGCUGAAGCAGAAGCAGAAGGUGGAGCACUGCUUCGAGAAGAUAGGGAGGCGGGUGUCGUACUCCCCCGAGAUCACCGCCGUGGUGGAGAAGUCCAAGAUCAAGAAGCUGACGGGGGUGAAGGCCAAGGAGCUGCUGGUGUGGAUCACCCUGGACGAGAUCUCCGCCGACGGCCCGCCCGCCGGGAAGCUCACCUUCAAGACCCCGGCCGGGCUCUUCAGGACCUUCCCCGCCUCCGCCUUCGAGAUCGAGGGGGAAGGGAGGAAGCAGGCGAAGGUGGCGCCUCCGCCGGACCAAUCUUCGCAGGCGGUUUCCCAGAACUGAUCUGCCCACCCCCACGACUAGGGUUUGGGUGGUGUGGGAAGUAGAAUAAGAGAAGGUAGCCGUGGGGAUGGUGCAUCUUCUUCUCAGCUUACCUGCUCUCCUAUCUAGCAAAGUUAGCUUGCACCCGACAAGGUCAUCUAUUGUGGCUGUCGUCUCUUUCUUAUGCCCUGUUAGGUGCUGUAAGAUGAAUGCAGUGUCACCUCUUUGCUGCAUUCUCAUUCUCUAUCAGAAGCUUAAUUUCCUUCUCUAUACAAACCAUCUAUGUUGCUUCUCUCGCAAAUACUGCAAUCAUCACAAUAUUGAAACAUCCA